UAGGAAGCUUUUGAUAGGAAACACGAGACCCUGCUCUUCCUUGAAGAAAAAAAAAGCCAAACCCACGCUAAAGAAGAAGAGAACGAAGGGAAAGAAAGAACCGGAAUAAGGCUGAAUUCUAUCUGUAUCUUUCUCGCUUGGACUCAUUCGUUUCAAUCGCAUCUCUCUCCUCUCUCCCUCUCUCUCCACAAAGCAUGGCAUAGCAACCAAGGCAGCCAAACAAACAAAGAGAAAGAAAAGUAGGUGAAAACAAAGUGAAGAGAAGGAUGGUGGUAGCCUGUUUCCAGAUGAACUCAUUUACUUUCGAUUCUCUAUAAGCUCUCUCUCUCUCUCAUUCUUUUCAUUUUUCCUUUUCUCAUUGAAGAGUCCGCCUUGGGUUGGGGCAUCUUCUUCUCUGUCAUGCUGUUUAUGUGUUAGCGUUUAUUAGCCCUCCCAUACGCGUCCCACCACAUUGCUUUCUCUCUUCUUAACCUCUCUUCAUCAUCAUAUCUCAUCCUCACCUCAAUACGUUUCUUUUUUCAUUCACUGUAUUCUUAUAAUAUGGCCGUUCAAGCUCAAUACCCAUCAAAUGUCCUCUUCCUGAACAGAAGCGUACAAGAAGGAAACAACCCACUGGGAGACGAAUAUUCAUUGCAGCCACAGCCAGGAGGAGGUGAAAGAGGAGGAUUCUUUGAUCAAUCCCAUAUGUUAUUCAACAAUGGAGUAUUAGGGACUAAUCAUUCACGCAAAAGAGGAAGAGAUGGGAAUAUCAAUCCAUUAGCCUCUAUGCAAUCUCAGCCUUCUCAGCUCAUAGACGUCACUCAGCUCCACACCCCUCAGCCAAAUGUCGUCUCUACUGGUCUCCGGUUGGCUUUUGGAGACCAACAACAAUUCCAACUGCAACAACGGCAACAACAUCAACAACCCCAGACCCAAAACCAACAGCAACAAACUCUCUCUCCUCAAUCCUCUGUUCUAUUAUCGCUAUUAGCAGAAGACUUUGAAGCCCAAAUCAAACAACAAAGAGACGAAAUAGAACAUUUUCUCCAAGCCCAGGGUGAACAAUUGAGGCGCACUCUAGCAGAAAGAAGGCAAAGCCACUACAGAGCGUUGCUAAGGGCAGCAGAGGAGUCGGUGGCGAAAAGGCUAAGGGACAAGGAGGCGGAGGUGGAGAAGGCGGCGCGGCAAAACGCCGAGCUUGAGACUCGGGCAGCGCGGCUGAGCGCGGAGGCUCAAGUAUGGCAGGCCAAGGCAAGAGCGCAGGAGGCCACGGCGGCGACGCUUCAGGCGCAACUGCAGCAGGCUAUAAUGAGCGGCCAGGAUAGGGAGGAAGGGGGAGGAGGAAGGGGGCAAGGAUGCGCCGCCGCGGGUGAAGCGGAGGACGCUGAGUCGGCGUACAUUGACCCGGACAGAGUCGUUGUGUCGACUGGGCCGUGUUGCAAGGCGUGUCGGAAACGAGUCGCCUCAGUGGUGCUGUUGCCGUGUCGCCAUUUAUGCGUUUGUACAGUUUGUGAUGCUGUGGUUCAAGCUUGUCCUCUCUGUCUCUCUCUCAGAAGUUCGAGUGUAGAGGUCUUUCUUUGUUAGGAGCCCUAGCCCAUUGUUAAAAAGCCUAGUUCAAGGCCCAGUAUUCUUAUUGGGUCUUGGCCCAUUUUUGUGAGGUGGGCCCAAUGGGGGUGAUGAUGGCAGGGUAGUGCAUUUGGAUGGG